GUUUCAUCCACAAACGGAUGGUCAAUCGGAAAGGGUUAAUGGGUUGUUGGAACAAUAUUUACGUUGUUUUUGUUUGGAUCAACCCACUGCCUGGGUAAAAUGGCUACCGGUGGCUGAGUUCGCCUACAACAACGCUGUGCACACGUCUAGUCAGCAUACCCCAUUUGAACUGACGUAUGGUUUUCAUCCGCGGGGAGGUGUGGUGCCGUCGACCAAUGUAGUUUCCUCUGACCCGGUGUACCGUUCCUCUGAAAUGGCUGCGUUGCAUGAUGUUGCCCGUCGUUUACUAUUGGAAGCCAAGGCAACACAAACGACUCAGGCCGACCGUCAUAGGCAGGCAGGGGAAGAGUUGGAAGAAGGGGAUUUAGUGUGGUUAGCUUCUAAGUACAUUAAACAGGCUGGGGGAAAGUUUGCGCCUCGGUAUUUGGGUCCCUUUCCUAUUGUUAAAAAGAUUUCUUCCGUAGCUUUUCGUUUGCGUUUACCUUCUACUUUUAAAAUCCAUCCAGUUUUCCAUCGUUCUCUGUUAAAGUUAGAUACCUCCAGUCGUCGUGGUGCUGUAGCGGAGGACAUCACUGCCGUCUCUCCGCCUUCGGAGGAGGAGGCCUUUGUGAGAGGGGAUAGUGUUAUGGUUGAGCCUCAUGGCUCUACUACUGGGAGACGUGGGCGUAAGACUCCUCGAGAGUCAGAUACUCUCGAGGAGCGAGAAAGGAAGCGGCUGCGAGAUAUCUUUGCAGAACCAUCUGACGAAGAUUCUUUUGAGGGGUUUACUGAGAGAAUGGAGGAAGAGGUGGUUAGCUCGGAAGAAGAUGAUAUGGAAUGGACUCGGGUAAGGGAGGAUUUGGGUGCCACUGGCAAUGAUACUAUGGAAGACGAUUGGGGACCUUCAGGAUUAGACCCGUGGACAAGCUGGAGGGAUGGGACGGGAUCCACAGCUGGGGAUGCUGUGGGGCGUAGUCAGAGGUGUUCCAGUUCUGAUGAGGAAAGUGAUGAGGAAACGCCCGGGCUAAGGAGAACAGCUGAUAGCGAUGAGGACUUGUAACUGGCAUAAAAUGGGGUUUGGGAGCAAUAGCAAAUUGCGUUGGGCAAGGUAAUCUGGACGAACGCUUGGGAUCUGUGUGGGAAGUUUUCCUGAAGACGGGUGUGAUUCGUUUGCUGACUACCUUUGACCUUCCGUCGUCUUCUUGACGGACGCCAUCUGCUACUCUGGAUUUACGGACUGAACUGACUACGGCCUCGGAUUAUCCUACCUGUGUUUGUCGUUGGAACUGGUGAACUACAAACGUCUGCAUCUGCCUUACGACCUUCGGAACGGACUGGGACUACGCUGACUGCUUCAACCCUCGUCUGCUGUGUUUGUAUUGGGAAUUUGCCUGCUGUGUGGAGGAGUAACUUUUAAGUUACUCAAACAUAGUUUUGGCAGCAGAGAAGCAUCUGCUGCCAAUUAGUUGCAUUCUUUUGAACCUUUUGUUCACCAGCUUCUGUUUGUUUAUU